AUGGGGUUCGAGAAGCAGCUGCUCGCCGCGGGAUCGGGGCCCACGCCGAGGAAGGGGCAGACCGUCACCGUGCACUGCACCGGUUACGGGAAGAACCGCGAUCUGAGUCAGAAGUUUUGGAGCACCAAGGACCCGGGGCAGCAGCCGUUCACCUUCCAAGUGGGGCUGGGCAACGUCAUCAAGGGGUGGGACGAGAGUGUCAUCAACAUGCAGCUGGGCGAGCAAGCUCGCAUCACUUGCACGCCUGACUAUGCGUACGGGGCUGGCGGCUUCCCCGCAUGGGGCAUCAUGCCCAACUCCACGCUUGUCUUUGACAUCGAGGUGCUCUCCAUCCAGUAG